AUUCUCCUAUCUUCUUCCAAGAAUCCACAAACCCCCGCCCACCCUCAAAAAAAAAACACUUCAUGCUUUUUCCUUAAUUAACCUCAUUGCUUAUCCACUUUUCCAAUAUAGUCUUGAUUUGCUCAAACUCUUUUCCUAUAUAUACCCCCUUCCCUUUUCCUCCACGUAUCUUCUUCUUACUACUAGCUACUACCAACCCCCACGCCCCCGUCCUCCACCCCUUUUGGUUUUUCUUCACAAAAACUGCUUCUUGAUACAAUAAAGAUUCAAUCUUUUUUUCUAUAUUGUAAAAUGGGUGUUGAACAUCAAGAAAAUAUAUUGGUGACUGGUGGAGCUGGUUUCAUUGGAACACACACAGUGGUGCAGCUACUGAAUGAAGGGUUUAAGGUUACAAUCAUUGAUAACUUUCAUAAUUCUGUUGAAGAAGCUGUUGAUAGAGUUAGAGAAUUAGUUGGGCCUCAGCUUUCACAGAAUCUUGAAUUCCAUUUGGGUGAUAUCAGAAAUAAAGAUGACUUGGAGAAGUUAUUUUCUAAAAAGAAGUUUGCUGCUGUGGUCCAUUUUGCUGGACUUAAGGCUGUUGGAGAGAGUGUUGCUCAUCCCUUUCUUUAUUUUGAGAACAAUCUGAUUGGAUCUAUAACUUUGUAUUCGGUCAUGACCAAGUAUAAUUGUAAGAAGUUGGUUUUUUCUUCAUCUGCAACAGUUUAUGGUCAGCCUGAAAAGAUCCCGUGUGUGGAGGAUUUUGAAUUGAAGGCUAUGAAUCCUUAUGGUCGAACAAAGCUCUUUCUUGAAGAUAUUGCUCGGGAUAUUCAGAAGGCAGAUCAAGAUUGGAAUAUCAUACUGUUGAGAUAUUUCAACCCAGUAGGAGCUCAUGAAAGUGGCAAACUUGGAGAAGAUCCAAAGGGCAUUCCCAACAAUCUUAUGCCUUACAUUCAGCAAGUAGCUGUUGGUAGAUUGCCGGAGUUGAACGUAUAUGGAACCGACUACCCUACACCUGAUGGUACCGCGAUACGAGACUAUAUCCAUGUUAUGGAUUUGGCGGACGGUCAUGUUGUUGCACUUCAGAGGCUUCUACGGCAAAAUGAUAUAGGUUGCGUUGCCUACAAUUUGGGUACUGGGAAAGGGAAAUCUGUCCUGGAGAUGGUUGCUGCUUUUGAAAAAGUGUCCGGAAAGAAAAUCCCACUCAAAAUGUGUCCAAGACGACCAGGUGAUGCCACUGCUGUUUAUGCAUCAACCGAAAAGGCUGAGAAGGAACUCGGUUGGAAGGCAAAAUAUGGUAUAAAUGAGAUGUGCAGGGACCAGUGGAAAUGGGCAAGCCAAAAUCCUUGGGGUUACCAAUCAAAGCCUUGAAAUGUUAAAUAAUACAAAGUAGCACUUGGGAGGACAAAACUAGAGUCGACAUCCUAGUACUUUACAUUUUAUGCAAACAUAAAUGUAUCCUAAGACUAAAUUGUUCAACAAUUAGCUGCAUAAUAGCUGUUCAUGGUUGUGUGCUGGUGAAUCCUGUUCUUGUUUUCCCUAAUGCUUUAAUGAUCCCUUCAGCCAAAUUUCUUUACUGAUUGUAAUUUCAUUCGAAAAGAAUAAAGGAUCUGGUCUAUUAUGCUA